AUGUACGAGACUGCAACGGAACUGGACGGAUCUGCCUGGGACCGAGCCAGGCUACUUAAGCCGCUGAAGCAAACGAGCAACGAAAGAGCAGAAUUAUUACCUACCUCGGUGGAUGCGUCUAUUGUCUCUCAGACAGUCACAGUUCGCUACCAUCCAUCUCUACCUGACUCAACUCUAUCACAAGCGCUUGGUGAUGCUGGGUUUGCGAUCUGCAGUGUAGUCCGAGACGCAGAAGCCGGGUUUAAUGCCGACGAUGGCACCCCCAGCGAGAGCGCGUUGGCAGAGCAAGACGGGUGGAUUGAUCGGGCCGCGGAGGUAUGGUCGAGGCGCUACAGUUUGGCCAAUAAGUCCGAAAGAAAAAGAAUGACCAGCCAUAUUGAACGAUGCGAUAUCUGUCGCGCUAAGAAAGUGCUUUCUGCUUCCACCGUGGGGCAGGGUAAGAGCUUCGCAAUAAAGCAAAAUAUGCAAGUAGGUACAGCAAACAAACCCUUUGUCGUUGUAGAUGCCACGGACUCUCUGAAGGCUGUGAGAGUGGUCAUGUCUAUUAUGGGAAUGACUUGCGACACCUGCGUCGGCAAAAUCUCCGACGCACUCGAGAUGAAGCCAUGCGUACAGUCCGUGCAUGCUACUCUUCUUACCAAUAGCGCUGUGGUUGCUAUUCGGGACAAAAGCCAUGUGGCGGAUAUCCUUCAGACCAUAGAAGACGUGGGAUAUGAGGCGACAGUGGAACAGAUUGAUGAACGCCCUGCUCUACAGGAGACCGGCUACGAGUCCAAAACUGCACCCUGCGAGCGUCAUAUUCUGAACUUGGACUGGAUAAAAACGGUCGACAUCAAUCUCCUCUCAAACAGCGCCACGAUCAUAUUCGAAGGGAGAGACCAGUUGCCUGAGAUUGCAGGGAUUAUCGAGGAUAUGGGUUACGAGGCUGCUUUGAAUGAAGAGAGCGAAACGGACCGCACGCUGUAUCGAAAUCAGCAGAGAAACAUCUCCAUCAGCGUCAGUGGGAUGUACUGUGAUUAUUGCCCUCCUCGAAUCAUGGGGUAUCUGAAGCACUGCGCUGGGGAAGUAGUCGUCGAUAAAAUGUCGAGUGUGGCCGAUCAAUCUUAA